AUGGCGGCUCCUCGCUCCCUCUUCGUCUGUCUCCCGGCUCUCCUCGUCCUGUGGAAUGUUUCUGGCGGAGAUACGCUUUCGGGGAACAGGAGGAACAACCAGGAAGGAUGUGGCUUUCAGAUGCAGUCCGGAGCAGAAGGAAGUCGGAGGUUGGCCGUCACGCUCAGAAGCGACAACUGCUCAUCGAACUCCCCGCCAGGUAAGCACGUUAUUCACGAGGUGGCCAACGUCUCCUUCACGCAUCUAGCCUGCGACCAGCAAGCAGGAGUGCUGGUCCACUGGGCCGCCAGCCCGCUAGGGAUCGAACACAUUAAAGGCUUCCGGGUUUACCUGGAGUACAAGAAUCCCGAUGGAAAACGAUGCCAACAUCUCGUCCUUAAAGAACCGCGACAGCUCAACUUCUCCUACAAGAACACCAAGUUGAGCAGUCAACCGUUCAGCGGCUUGAGCUUCGAUACGGACUACGUGGUGCGUGUCGUCCCGUUCCCCACGUUGAUGAACGACAGCUUCUUCCCGCCCUCCUUCCUCAGGACCAACUCCUGCGAAGUCCUGCUGGGCUCGGAAAACCCGGUCUGUAAACCUUUCUGGAAGCCCAAAACGCUGAGCGUGUCGCAGUCGGGCUCCGAGCUCCGCGUCAGCUUCGAGCAGGCUCCACCCUCUUUCGCCUUCCACCUCUACUACGUCUACUACAAGCUGCGGCAAGACGGACCCUUCAGACUGCAGCGCUGCAAGCCGGACGCGGCGCAGCCCAAAACGACGUGUGUGCUUCAGGGACUCACGCCGGGGACUUACACCAUUGAGCUGCGAGACGAGAGCAACACCACCAGGAGGCAGACGCAGUACUACGUUAGCCAAGCGCACUCCCCAUGGGCGGGUCCGAUCCGCGCCAUGGCCAUCACGGUGCCGCUGGUGGUCAUGUCGGCCUUCGCCACGCUUUUCACCGUCAUGUGCCGCAAGAAGCAACAAGAAAACAUCUACAGCCAGCUAGACGAGGAGAGCAGCGAGUCGUCCAAUCAGAGCGCGGCGUCCGGCGCGGAGAGGCCACGCCCCCGGCCCAAAGUCUUUCUCUGCUACUCCGACAGAGACGGACCCAAACACGCUGGCGUCAUACAGAGCUUCGCGUAUUUCCUGCAGGAUUUCUGUGGCUGCGAGGUGGUGUUGGACCUGUGGGAACAUCUCGAGAUGUGCAGGGAAGGUCAAAUGUCGUGGCUCGGCAGGCGGCUGGACGAAGCAGACUUCAUCAUCGUCGUCUGUUCCAAAGGAUUGCGCUACUUUGUGGAGAAGAAGAGCAGGAAGGGAAAGACGCCGGCGGGCCGGCGCGGCGCCGACGGGUCCGGCAACGACCUGUUUGUGACAAGUGUGGCUAUGAUUGCCGAGAAGUUGCGGCGGGCCCAGCGCGAGGACGACGACAGUGAUGAGGACGGGGAUCGGACGGGGCGCGCUCGCCAGCUCCACCGGUUCAUGGCCGUGUACUUCGACUACUCUGACGACAACGAUGUUCCCACCGUACUCAGUCUGGCGCCCAGGUUGAAGCUGAUGGAGCAGCUGCCUCAGCUGUUGGCCCGCCUGCACUCGGGUCCGUCGGGUCGAACCGAGCGCGAGCCUCGGCCCUUCCACGCGUCGCGCCGCAACUACUUCCGCAGCAAGUCGGGCCGCUCGCUCUACGUGGCCAUCUGCAACAUGCACCAACACGUCAGCCAGAACCCCGAGUGGUUCCGGAAGCCCGCCGCCCGGCACUCUGACCCGGAAGACUGCUGCCCCUCGCCGCCGCCCGCCCGGGCCGCCCCGCCGUCGCCCUGCCUGCUUCUGAACCGGGUUCUGGCCAAGUCGGCGGAGGGGGUUCCCGAGAAGAACGCGCUGACGCUGGCGCCCGCCUCCCCCGUGGCCUUCAACCGGACCCACGCCGCGCCGCUUCCCAGCCCGAGUUCACCGUCCAGCCUAGAACACGUCUCCAGUUUCCGUCUCUUGCUCAGAACGGCUUUUUCGGAGGAAGCGCCGCAUUCCCCGAGCGCCGAGUGGGAGGAGGAAGUGGGGGCGGGAGGGGCCGCCGGCCGGCACGUGCCGCCGCCCCGCGACUCGGGCAUCUACGAGUCGUCGGUGCCGUCGUCGGAGCUGUCCAUCCCCCUUAUGGAGGGGCUGGCCCACGAACGGGCCGACUCGUCCUCGUUGGCGGAGAGCGAGUCGUCGUCAUCCGGUUUGGGAGAUGAGGAGCCGCCAGCCGUGGCCUCGCUAGGCUGCGGCGCCCCCGCCCUCCAGAAAGCGCAACUGCGCCGCUCAGAAUCGGAAGCGGCGGCGGCCCUUUAG